ACACCUGGGAGCCAGAAAUCCUGCUGAAUGAUAGGGGAUCCAAUCCUUCUUUCCCUCAUAAACAUGCACAGGUAUACCAGUUCCUCCCCUUCCAUCUUGCACAGGUGUCCCGGCUCCUCCCUUUCAGUCUUGCACAGGUGUACCGGCUCCUCCCCUCCAGUCUUGCACAGGUGUACUGGCUCCUCCCCUCCAGUCUUGCACAGGUGUACCAGCUCCUCCCCUCCAGUCUUGCACAGGUAUACCAGCUCCUCCCCUCCAGUCUUGCACAGGUGUACUGUCUCCUCCCCUUCAGUCUUGUACAGGUGUCCCAGCUCCUCCCCUCCAGUCUUGCACAGGUGUACCGGCUCCUCCCCUCCAGUCUUGCAAAGGUGUAUAGGCUCCUCCCCUUCAGUCCUGCACAGGUGUACCGGCUCCUCCCCUUCAGUCUUGCACAGGUGUAUCGGUUCCCUCCCCUCCAUUCUUGCACAGGUGUACCGGCUCCUCCCCUCCAGUCUUGCACAGGUGUACCGGCUCCCCCCUCCAGUCUUGCACAGGUGU